UAUAUUUAGAACUUAAACGAGUCACUGAUAGACAAUCGGAAUGUAUUGAAUCUUGAAAUACAACAAGACUUUGAAUGUUUCCCACAAAUACUUGAAUUUCGCUUAAAAACAGGACCUUGAAAUUCAUACUAGAAGCAUCAUCAGUAGGGACCUGCGUGACCAGUCUUUCGUGACCAAAAAAAAAACAAAAAUUCUUCUUUCACAUCCACUGCGAAAAUCAUUAUCGAAGAAUUUUUGUUUUUUUCUGGUCAGGACGGAAUGGUUACGCAGGUCUCUAAUCAUCAGAUAGUCUCUGCCAUCUAUCCAGACGUAAUUAGAGGACUGAGUCCUCCUCUGGUACAGCUUCUUUUUUUCUAGUUACGCCACUAAUAGUCUAGUGUCAAUUUGAUUUAUAAAUAACUAGACUUAUAACAUGAGUAAUUGUCGAUUGAAAAGUUUAUUGAAAAUAUAAAAUCUUUUUAAUCUUAUUCAAAAAUUUUCUCGAUCCAUAUUGAAUCAAAUCAAUUCUAUUUACUAGAAUCGCAUGCAUAAAAUAGUUCAUCACGAAGAAAAAAAAAAUCAUAAGUCUUUUCAUAGGGAUUUCAUUAUCAUUUCUGGAAAAUUUUUGAAUCUGAUAGGGUUUAUAUAAAAAACUUUUUUUUCUUUUAUUUAGGAGCACUUGCACUUCUUGAUCAGUGUUAUCAAGAAGAUGAUGUAAAUGCUACUCAAAUUCUUACAUUUGAACUUGAAAAUUGGUCUAAUUGGACAUGUCUUGAUCUAUCUGUAACAGCUUAUCUUCGAGAUUUUGUUGCACAUAAAUGUUGUCAACAAUUAUUAUCUGACUUAUGGAUUGGUGGAAUGAAUGUUCGAAAAUAUCUGAAAUGGAUGGUAUUGCUUGCAUUAUUUUUUCCACCAGCACUUUUCUUUAUCGAUUUUAAAUCAUCAAAAGAAUUACAAUUGAUGCCUCAAACAGAAGAAGAAUAUUUUCAAAAUGAAGAAGAUCUUAUUGAUAGUGAUAAUAAUGAUUAUGAUUCAACUGAUAAUAGUUCCGAAGAUUCAAAACCAUCAUCAUCAGAUGAAUCACAUGAACCAGUACUAUCUGUUACAGAUCGUGAUGAAGAGCAAACUAAUGAUGAAAUACAAAAUGAAACAAAUACAUUACGAAAACGUAGAAAGAAAAGUCGAAAGAAAAAACGAAAGAAACAAAAUAGUAGUACAAUACAUCCAGAGGAUCAACCAUCACCACCAACAGCAAAUAAUCAUAAUAAUCGAUCGGAUGAUAUCAAUUUAUUUACAUUGAAUAAAUCAACAUCUAAUCACAAUCCAUCAUCAACAACUAUACCAAUAACAACAAUAUCAAUAAAUGAACACGAUGAAUUAAGUAAUUCAAAUGAUGUUCCAAAUCAACGACGAACAUUUCGAAAUCGUUUAGCAAAUUUUCAAGAAACAAUUCGUCAUUCGACUAUAUAUCAUUUUAUUUGUAUAUUAUUACGUCAAACAAGAAAAUUUCUUCGUCGUCAUCCAUGUUGGAAAAAAUCUGAUCGCGACAUUAAUUCAAAUGAUAGUACAGAUCAAAUAUCAUUAAUGAAGAAAGUUUAUGAAUUUUAUAAUGCACCAGUGACAAAAUUUUUUCAAGAUUUAAUUUUCUUCGUUCUAUUUUUGGCUAUUUUUACUUAUGUUGUACUUAUUCGUACCCCACCUAAACCUUCCGUAUGGGAAUGGAUAUUAAUGUCAUAUUUAACAACAAGUGCUAUGGAUUUAAUAAGAGAAUUAUUAACAAUGAGUGAAACGAGAUGGAAAACUUGGUUAUCAGUUUAUUUCAAUGAUAUUUUGCAUUUAUAUGAUUCAUUUUCAUGUUUGAUGUUUGCUGUAGCUUUUGGUUUGAGAUUAACAAAUGCCUUUCGAAUUGUUGGAAGGUUAUUAUUGUGUAUUAAUUUAAGUUUCUGGUAUAUUCGAAUGUUUCAUUUUUUGGUUGUAUCAAAAGAAGUAGGACCAUAUAUUCAUAUAGCAGCAAGAAAUAUUGUCGAUUUAUUUCGUUUAAUUGUUAUUGUAUUAAUUGUUCUAAUGAGCUUUGGUGUAUCAAGGCAAGCGAUUAAAUAUCCUGAUAUGGACUGGAGUUGGCAUUCUGUUAAAGAAAUAUUUCUUGAACCUUAUUUUAUGAUUUAUGGUGAAGUAUAUGCUGACAAAAUCGAUCCAGUGUGUAAUGUAACCGGAGAUCCAACCGAUCCAUCAUGUCAAUUCGGGCAUUUUAUAACUCCUAUUACUAUGACAGCAUUUCUUCUUGUUUGUAAUAUACUUUUACUUUCAAUGUUAAUGGCUCAAUUUACAUCAACAUUUAUGAGAUUAAGUCGAUUGUCAGAUCAGGUAUGGAAAUUUCAACGAUAUCAUACAAUUCUUCAAUAUGAACAAAAACCAUUAUUAGCACCACCAUUAAUCAUAUUUUCUCAUAUAUUUCUUUUAAUAAAAACAAUUUAUCGUAUAUGUCGUCAUCAUAAACGUACAUUUAAUCGUGGUUUAAAAUUAUUUUUAAGUGUCAAAGAAAUUGAAAAAUUACGUGAUUUCGAAGAAGAAUGUGUACAUGAAUAUCUUUUAGCUAAAGAAGAUAAGGAAAAAAGUACUGUUGAAGAACGUAUGUUAACAACAUCAGAAAGAGUUUCACAUAUGUUAACACGUGUUGAGACAUUAAAACGAAAUAGUACUCAACAAACAGGUUGUUUUCAAAAUUUUGAUGAACGUUUACAACGUCUAGAAGAUAUGCAAACAUCAACAUUACAAUUACUUAAUGUUCUUGUACAAAACAUGCAAACAUCAUCCAAUGAUCAAACAACAUUAAUUGAUAAUGCUUCAACAAAAUCAUCGGAUAGGAAAUUAAAAGAAACUAAUGAUGAUGAAAUAUUAAAUUUUACAGCUAUAUCAUCAGCUGAUGAUGUUAAAUUCCCUAUAUCAUCUUUAUUAUCAUCGGGUACAAAUCGAGCUAUGCGUUCAUCAAGUCUUACAAGUCGAAGAGUAACAAAUCCUCUUCCGAUACCAAAUUCAGUUUCACCACAAAUUAUUGUUGGACCAUAUUCAGAAUUUCUAUCAAUUAAAAGUUCAGGUGCAUCGACAUUACCAGCUAAUGAUGAACUUUUAGGUAUUGGAACAACAACACUUAGUACAUCAUCAUCAUCAUCAGUAAAUAUUAUUGAUGAUGCAAGUUAUCCAGCUUUAUAUGAAGCUGAAGAAACAGAACAUAAUAUAUAUGGAAAAUUAAUUAAAGAACGUUUUCGUAAAUUAUCCGAAGUUGUUGAAGAUAUUGAAAGAACAUUACCAAGACAUCAACAGCGUCAAGAUGACAAACGUGAUAAAUGUGAUAUAACAGAUGAUGAUGAAACAUUAUCAACUAUGGAUUGGGUUGAUACAACUGGACAUGUUGCAUAA